AUGGUGGUUCAAUUGUGUAAUGAAAAACUGGAGGGUUACGUCAAAGUUCUUCAUUUUGGUUGGCGUUUCGUGCUUGUGGUUUGUGUUUUAAACUUGUUAUGGGCUGUGGUCGCAGUUCUGGGCAAUGUCCUCGUCAUACGGGCCCUGAUGAAAGCAAAGACGAUACCCGCUACUUUACGACCACUUUUCUUGAGCCUUGCUGUUUCUGAUCUCACUGUUGGAUUAUUUGCUCAGCUAAUGUUUGGUGUUGUUAUGGCUUUAAUGUUGAAAAUGUCUGCUGAUGGAAAUUUCAACUUGGACUUAUUUUGUCCCUCUAUUGUGACGAUAUCUCAGCUCUCUUUGUAUGGGUUGGUGACUGCAUCUGUUCUAUCGGUUGCUGCCAUUGCAAUCGACAGGCUUCUUGCGGUGUCACUUCAUCUACGAUACCGAGAGCUAGUGACGCCAAGAAGAACUAUCAUUGUUGUGAAAUUAUCAUGGAUUGCCAGUGGGAUUAUUGCCGGCAUUUACAUUUUUCUUCCCAACUACAAUGACAUCGUGGGAGUGUUCAUGGAAGUAUCGAUGCUUCUUGUGACAGCAUUCGCUUAUUGUCGGAUCUACAAGGUUGUGCAUUAUCAUCAAAAUCAAAUACAAAGUCAGAUCUCACAUCAAGAGGCAAUCGAGUUUGCUCGAGAAAAACGAUCAAGCCUCAAUACCUUUUGUGUCUUUGUGGUUCUGUUAGCUUGUUAUCUCCCAGACUUGUGUUGUGGUAUCUUGAUUUUAGCUGAAGAAUCCCGAAUGCAAUUUUUGAUUGCGUUCCACGCAUCAGGCUUCUUAGUAUUUCUCAAUUCUUCUAUUAAUCCCUUGAUCUAUUAUUGGCGAUAUCAAGAGAUUCGUGGGAUCAUGAAAAACACUGUAAGAUCGAUAUUAUCCGUCAGAAAUUCGUGA